AACAAUGGCUUCCUCGCUCCGCAUCUGAACCUCGACUCCGACCCGUGCGACCAUGAAACGACAAGAGCCCCGAUUCAGGCAAUAACACUUCAGCAUUGUAUUGUAAACCACGCCUUGUACCGUGUAAAAACCAUGGGACUCGGGUCCUUUGCACUCCACGUCCAGCCUUUGCACUCUUGACGUUCGCCAUCACCACGGCCCACCCCCUUUAAUAUACCAUCCCAACUUACCCUUCCUAUCUCCAACAUCCAGUACCUAGUCGGAUACACUCAUACCCUACCUAGACGGACUACAGAUACCACCUACUACUGCAGGAACACAAACAUCACUCCACCCCGAGGGAAUACAGCCCAUCUACCAACACCUGAUACUGAGAUUACACCCACGACUAAUCCACGCCGACCUGCCGGCAGCCCGCAGUCCUGUUCCACCAUGGCACAACACAGCCCUCACACCCAAACCGCCCUCUUGAAAUGGGUUAAUACCUUCGACACACGCCGCAAGGCCGGCUCCUUGCAGGACCUGCGAGAUGGCAUAAUACUGGGCCAGAUCCUCGAAAAGAUGCUGGCCCCUGAAUUCCAAAGCUCGAGCCUCAUCCAGGCCCCCAGAUCAGAAUCCGAAAAGAAACAGAACCUCGAGACCGUCUACCGCGGUCUGGCGAGGUUCCUCCGCACCGACAACCCCCUCCUUGCCCCCUCGCCCUCCGAGUUCCGAGCCAUCGCCGAGAACCCAGACGACAACGCUCUCUGCGAGUUCCUCUCGGCCUUCCUCACAGCAGCCUGCCUGGGGUCUCUGUCGAGGACAUACGUCCCCAAGGUUUUGACCCUUGACAAGGCAAGCCAGGGGGAGAUUGCCAAGAUCAUCAGCCAAAAAAGUCAGCUCAAGGAGGAAAGGGAAAGCAAACGAGGGGAGGGUGACUCUGGGGAAGAGGAGGACCUCGACAUUCAGGAUGCCCGGGACCCCGAGCUCAUGCAGGAGGAACUGGACCAGAUGCGCGAUAAGGUGGAAAUCCUCAAAAAGCAAAAUGCUGAUUUGCAAACCCGUCUCGACAAGCUGCUCGACACAAGAGAAGCCGUUUUGCAUGACCUGAGGGUAUCACAGGAUGAGCUCCAGACACUGAAGCGGACCAGGGGGCAAGAUGCCUCGGUGGCGAUCCGGGACAUGCGCAACGAGGUUCGCGAGAAGAUGGACGAGAUCGACCGAUUGGAGGUUUUGCUCGACAAGGAAACAGCUCGGGCGGCCAGGCUAGAAAAGGAAAACGAGACUCUACGGGCCAAGGCCGAGAGAAUUGUGGAACUUCAGGACAAGGUCACGCUGCUGGAGCAUGAAACGAAACAGCAGCAGCAAAUGAUCAAGGGACUCGAAAACUACAAGAAAAAGGCCCAGGACCUGACGGCUAUCCAACAGCGCAACCGGAUCCUCGACGAGCAGGUUCAGCAGUACGAGGCGGAAAUGAAACUGUUUGAGGAGGUCAAGGAGCAAAACCGGAGAUUGCAAAAGGAAGUCGACGAGAAAGUCCGGGUGCUGUCUAGCAACGAGCAGGAAAUCAUCUACACCCUCCAAUCCAAGAAUGUCCUCCAAGACACCAACGAGGAACUCAAGAGAAAGGUUGAGUAUCUGGAAUCCAAGCGCCAGCUUGACGAGGCCACCAUUAGGGAGCUCCAGGAACAACUGCAACUGGGAGAUAUCAUGCAGCCAAGUGGCUCCGAGAGUCCAGGGGCCGGCGCGACAAAAUUCAGUCUUGAACAUGAGCUGGAGGGCACAUCGGAUCCAACGGUGGCUCUGCGGCUGGAGGUUCAAAAGCUCAAGGCCGAGAACAACCUUUUACGAAACAACAUGGCUGUGGCUUCUGAAAAUGAAAGACUGCGGAACGAGCUCGAUCUUGCUGGUCAGAGAGUGGAUCACUAUCGCGAAACGGCCACGGAUGAGAUGGAGAAGCACGCCGUGGCCCAGGAACAGAUAGAGGCACUUAUUGCCAACGCCAUUAUUCAUGAGGAGUUACUGCUCGAAACCACCAAGGAAUGCGAGGCCGCUAGGAAACGCAUUGUGGAGCUCGAGCAGUUGACCAAUGACAGAGAGCGGGAGAUUAUACAGGUCAAGGCAGAAUUGGAAGCUGUCGGACAAGAGCAGUCCGAGGCGCUCGAGGUGCUCAAGUCAUCUGACGAGCUCAUCUCGGCGUCUCUGCGCACCGAGCUAGAAGCCACCCGCAAGCAGCUGAAGCACAAGGUGUUUGAGCUCGAGCAGAUGAAGGACCAGCUGAUGGGUGUGCUGGUGUCCAAGGACAAGACGCAAAAGCGGCUGGACGAUGCGCUGGCAGCAGCGGCGCCCAAUGGGCAGCAGCAGGCGGACGAGGCAACGCCUGCCAAGAGCAAGAAGGAGGACGCCGAGAAGAUCGAGAAACUCAAGACUGCGCUGAAGCAGAAGCUGGAGCAACUCGAAAAGUCGGAACAAGACAAGUAUGAGCUACAGAGGAAGCUGAAGGUGAUGGAGAAUGGGGGGGCGUAUGCUGCUCAAAAGGCGGCCAACGACCAAAUCAUAAAGACGUUGCAAAAGGAAAACGCCAUGAUCACGACGGCGUGGUAUGAUUUGAGCUCGAGGCUGCAGAGCAACCAUGUGGUGCUGGCCAGGAGGCAGGACGCGCCGAAGAGCUGGAUUAAUAAGCAGAGGCAGAUGGUUAAUGCUACGCCGAGGAGAUAGGGAAAGACGACGGCGGUGGCGGCAGGGAGUGGGUAGUUGGAUGAUAAUGGGGUCGGGAGGGGGUUUGGGGGAGGUAAAGGGGUUUGGACACUGGAUUGUCUGGACAAGUCAGGGGUACAUGGGGGGCAAAAGAGGGAGGUAUAUUUAGAGUAGGAUUUGCGAUUUUUUUUCUUUCUUUUUCGAUUACACAACCCUUUUUAACUUGAUGGUUGUUACUUAGUUUAUUGGAAUACCCCCCCCUUUUCUUUGUUACUUGAUCUUGUUUGCAGGGGUGGGAAGGGGGGAUUUUGUUGUUAGAGAGGUAUAGAUGAGAUGGAAGGGUAGACAGAGCUAAGGGGUUAAUGAACCGUUUGAAGAUGAUGUGGUAUUUGGGUACUGGUAUACCCCUGAAUAGACCGCCCUUUUUUUUAUAAAAAAAAAAAAAAAAAGACAGCCAAUGUUUCCAA